AUGGAUCCUUUUAAAAUUUACUUAUUCCUUUGCUUACUUAUUUUUCUUGUCUGGACUUCUGCUGGUGUGGACGUUUUUGCACCAGUCGGACGUUUCAGACAAAGUAGUGCUCUUGUAGGAAACAAGCUUUACGUUUUUGGUAGCGCCAUUUAUUCACAAACAAGAGAAACUAUUAUUCUCGAUGUGACUCUUUCGACGCUAAAUACUUCAAAUCCUUCAUGGUCCUUACCAAAUGCUUCUGUCCCGACUAAUUCUGCUUUUGCAAGCGCAUGCGUUGGAGGUCCUAAUAAAAAUACGAUAUUUCUUUUGGAACAUCUAGAUACAAAUAAUAAUGUUACCAAUACCACUGUAGUAUAUUCCUUUGAUACCGUGAGCAGUACAUGGUCUCCUACCCCUGUGAGCGGGGUGGCCCCUGAAAGUCGACAACAAUUUCAAGCUAGUUCUAGCCCUAGUGGUGUUCUUCUUAAUGACAUUUUUAUGCUUGAUACAUCAAGCCUGGUUUGGACUCAAGGCUCUCUUAUUGGUGCUCCAACUGGGCGUGUGGAAUUUUCUGCCACACUUUUAAAUAAUGGUCGUAUACUUUAUAUAGGAGGUGAUGGUAUUAAUAUGGCUAACAUUCCGUUUUAUAAUACAAAUAGUGGGAAAUGGUCCUCAACAGUUGCUGUUGGUGAUACAAUAGACACUAGAAGUAGCCACACGGCCGUAUUAUCACCAGAUGGACAUGUUAUAAUUUAUGGUGGAAAUAAUAAUAAUAGUGCUUUAGAUCAAAGCCAACAAUUAGCUUCAUUAGAUACAACUGUUAAUCCGUAUACGUGGUCUAAAAAAUCAUUGAAUGGUCCUUCAGUUACUCAAAUUCAAACUGUAAUUGCUUCAAAUUCAUUAAGUACGGAUGUAAUUGUGGCAAUUCCUAUAGUUUCAAUUGCCAUUCUUGCAAUAAUAGGCUUCACAGGAUAUUUUCUUUAUAAAAAAAAUAAGCAAAAUGAUGUAAUUCGUAUAGCAGGUUCUAAAUACGGUUACUAA